GAAGUGAGUGCGGGGAAGGUGAAGUCAAACUGGACAUGGCUCGUACUUUGCUGUGUAGAGGUGUAGGUGUGUUUCGGUUCAGCAGGGUAACACCACUGCUCUCUGCUCCUCGGUUCUCUACUCAGACCGAACCGGAGCCGCUAACAGUGAGACAACAGAACCACGGAAUCAGGAGAAUAAUAUUAGAUAAUCCAGCUAAGAGGAAUGCUCUGUCUUUGCCCAUGCUGGAGUCGCUCAGAGAGAACAUCCUGACUGAUGUUGACAGCAAUGAUCUCAGAGUUAUCAUCAUAUCAGCCAAAGGUCCGGUGUUUUCAUCCGGGCACGACCUGAAGGAGCUGACGUCAACCCAGGGCCGGGAGUAUCACACUAAGGUGUUUCACACCUGUGCAGAGGUCAUGACUCUGAUACAAGACAUACCUGUUCCAGUGAUCGCCAUGGUAAAUGGUGUUGCCACGGCAGCUGGAUGCCAGCUGGUUGCCAGCUGUGACAUUGCCGUGGCAACAGAGAAGUCCACUUUUGCUACACCAGGCGUUAAUGUGGGUCUGUUCUGCUCAACGCCAGCGGUGGCCAUCGGCAGAGCGGUGCCGAGGAAGGUUGCCAUGGAGAUGUUGUUCACCGGAGCUCCCAUCUCAGCCCAUGAUGCUCUGCUGCAUGGUCUGAUUAGCAAGGUGGUGCCAGAGGAGCGAUUAGAGGAGGAAACAUUAGCCAUCGCCCAGCGGGUGUGUCAAGCCAGCCGACCUGUUGUUGCUCUCGGAAAGGCCACUUUCCAAAGACAAAUGGCUCAAAGCAGAGAUGCAGCAUAUACUACUGCCUCCAAGGUAAUGGUGGAAAACCUGGCCCUGAAAGAUGGGCAGGAGGGCAUUCAGGCCUUCAUACAGAAACGCAAGCCAGUGUGGAGCCAUAAAGCAGAAAAAGCACAUGACUGACCAACUAUUGGAGACCAUUUUCUUGGGAUUAUCUGCACUAGUGCAUAUGAUUUUCAGUUUUUGGUGUACAGAAAUUAGCACCAAUCCUCUGUCAAUAUAUGGACUAUGCUGCUUGUAAAAUGCACAUUUGUAAUUUGAGUUUUAAGAUCUUCGUCUAUGAGGAUUUCCUCUGUUAUGCCAUGACCACAGGAGAGACACUGAACCUUCAUCUGCCUUACACGCCACAAUAUGGUAAUGACCAGGAGACCCAGGAUGGCGGACCACUGAUCAGUGAUAAUGCCAAAGAAUGCUUUGUAUUGUUGGAUGUGUUAAAUCUGGUUUGGGUAACAAAUUGCACAGAAGUGGAUGCUUAAAAUAAACUUUGUGUUUUUCUUGUUUAA